AUGGUUGACACUAGCCUGAAUACAGUGUCUAUCCUUGGAUUAAUUCUUAGUGUGGCUUUCCUUGAAGGUCAUCUUAUAACAGACUUGGUGCUGGAAGAUUGUGCUGAACCUUCCUGCAAGGGACGUUGUUUCCAAGAGAGAUUCAAUGCAAGUGCUAACGUAUUUCAAUGCAGAUGUGAUUUAAAUUGCUCUGUCUAUCAGGACUGUUGUUAUGAUUAUAAUGAAACCUGUACUCACAUCCAAGCCUCUACUGAACCUUUAGAGAUACAACCCAACACGGAUCUCGAAAUUUUGCUCAUAAACGAACAUUUGACUUGUAAUUCAUUAAUAAUAAUACAUAAUGUGAGAAGGGCUCAUUAUUGGAUGAUUGGGAAAUGUCCAAAGAAUUACCCUCAGGACAAGCUUAAAAUGCGCUGUGAAGAUGUUGAAGCCCAUCCUUACUCAAAGGUUCCUGUAACAGCAGCAGUGACCAAGCGGCACUUUCGUAAUAUAUAUUGUGCAUUUUGUCAUGAAGGAAUCUCUUUCAGGAGGAGCAAGUACAUCUUCUGGAAAUCUGAUAUAUUUUGCAAAGAUAACUAUUCCCAAGUCACUUUCUCAGAUAUCUCUAAGAAGUUGGAAAACGGUAAAUGUUCAGUACGUUUAGUAUUACCAAACGAUAUGCAUAAUCUUAGAUCCUGUUUACCACUGUCUGUUAGUCAAGCAUGUCAUAACCACACUGGUCUCACCAGCUCAGACUGCCAAUCCCAUCAAAGAGUUGUUUGGCAUCCAACUUCACAUAGGCUGUUCAAGAACCCUAGUUGUGCAAGUUGUGAAGGCAUUGCUGGUAAAAUCUCUUCAGGCGUUCAUAACUGCGUACAGAAGUAUAGAAUAAGCAGUUUUUGGCCUUCCACUGGCGGCGUCAUGUUCAAUUUCGACUUCAGUGGAGCCACGUUAAAUUCGGAUGGAAGGGUUCUAGUUCCUCAUAUUCAAUCUUGUAAAAUUGAUGAAGUGUACGAUGAAGUAUUUGAUUUAUGUAGUAGAUUGUAUUGCCCGUCAGGAUUUGCACCUAUUAAUGGAAACUGUGUCACACGCCGGAAAAUGCACGAGGGAAGUUUUAUUAUUAGUAUAGGAUAUAAUGAUUCGGGAAAUGUUAACGACACUGAGAAAUUAGUUCAACGAUUAGAGACAGAGCUAAGUUAUUACAGCUCUAGUUGGCAUACCAGGAAGCAAAAGGAUUAUUUGAUUCAUAUACGGUUCCGUUCCAAUUUCUCUGUCUCUAUUUUGCUGACGUCAGUUAUGGAAGUAAUAACACAGUUUGGGAUUGGAACAAGUGACUCAAUAAUAAAUUUAAUGUUUGGAACAUCUGGAUCUUGUAGAAAUAUUACUCGGAUCGAAUCAACCAGUGACUUUCUGGAAUUCAUGGCAAAUAAAAGCGAUAAUGUAAAUUUUAGAGCAAUUCUCAUUCCCAUCGAAAACCAAAGUGUAGAAAUUUGCUACCAUAGAACGAUGCCGAACUGUACGUCUAUCAAGUAUGAAGAAGGCCAAUUCUCUGUACACAAUGAUACAGUUCAGAUCAGCGACUCCGGGCAACUGUAUUCCGAGGAUGAAUUUGUCAUUUACAAAAAUUCGGUGUAUAUUUGUAGAAACCUGAGUAGGUAUUACACUGAUAUGUUAUGGGAAAAAUUCUUCAGUGUAACAAUCGAUUCAACGCUUUCUGCUGUUGUAGUUGGCGUAUCGAUAACAUCAUGUUUGAUGACGCUCCUUGCUUAUUUGGUCCUUCCGCAUCUUAGGAAUGGUCCUGGGAAAAUCAUCAUGUCCAUGACACUAUCAUUGCUUCUCGCUCAGUCUUUUGGAAGAAUUUUCCAAUUGCUUACAGACCCAACGAAUUGCUCUAUAUUUGGAGCUAUCACUCACUCAUUGUGGUUAUCUGUUUUUCUGUGGACAAGCGUUAUGAUGGUAGACAUUGCCAGAUCAAUGCGUAUUUCUGGACAAACUGUCACGGCUACAACAAAGUAUGUAAUUUAUGCUGCGAUGGCUUGGCUGUUGCCAGCGUUAGUCGUAGCAUUAUUAUCCACUUUAGAUGGACUUGAUGUUGCAUACUUCGGCUAUGGGUACUCUUAUGGUAAUAAUUGCUGGAUUAUAGAUCCAAAUCUAGCAUUUUAUACCGUAGGUAUACCAAUGAUACUCUGUAUGAUUAUUAAUACCAUUGGAUUUAUCAUUAUAAUUGCAGCAUUGAUUCCCAAAGCUAAAGUUUUAGGUAAAACAGUGUUAAUGAGCAGAAAACGGCAACUAGCGAAGAUAUUUUUCAAAUUGUCUAUGAUAAAUGGCGGCACUUGGUUUAUAUUAUUAUUGGCAAAUUUGACGCAGCUGGAAUUUAUGUGGUAUCUUAAUGUUCUUUUCAAUGGACUGUCUGGCUUGUACAUAUUCCUAAGUUUCGUUUGCAAUAAGAAAGUUUUGACAGCAUUGAAAGAAAAAUGUCUCCUACGAUCUAGAAGUCAGACUUUGUAUACAACUCAUUCAUGA